AACUGUGGUGAAAUGUGACAGACGGUAUAAAAAGAAAGGUUUUCCUCGACUUCCUCUGUCAGCGCAUAAUCUGUGAAUCUCACCAUGUCAUUUGUGGAUACUCUACGACAGUGGGACAAAGCAGUAGCUUUGGUAACCAGUGGGGACUUAACAACUGCACUAACAGUUUUUAUGGACAUUCAGGAUAAGAACUCAAAAAUCUCAUUUAACAUUGGUUGUCUCCAUUUGAUCAACAAUGACCUAGCCGCUGCUGAGAAGGCAUUUGACUGUAGCAUACGCAAGGAUGAACAUCUUGCCAUUGCCUUCUUUCAAAGAGGAAUAACAUUCUACAAAAAUGGCAGAUUUGAGGAGUCUUUUGCAGAUUUCCAACUUGCCUUUAAAAAGCUGAGGGGGAACCAACUCAUAGAUUACAAACCUCUUGGCCUUAGAUACAAGUUAUAUGCUUGUGAGGUUCUACACAACAUGGCUCUGACCCAUGCACAUUUGGGACAGUGGGAGAAAGCUCAAGAAAACCUUGUGAGUGCACUGAAUCUGAGAACAGAAGCCAAGCUCAUCCACAUAGACAAGGCUCUGGAAUGCAUACUGAAGCAGAAGCUUUUUCAGCCUGUUGAAGUUCCUAAGAACGUUCUCUUCAGACCCAACCAGAACUAUGUUGCUGAGCUGGAAAAGAAGGACUAUCUGGGCAAGGCCAAGGUUGUUUCCUCCAUUGUGUUUGAGGACGAGUUUUCAGGAUUUGCUCCACUGCAGCCACUGGUGGAAGAUGCUCCUGUUGCUCCAAAACCACCAGAGGUUCUAAGGGCUCUGGAAGGAGAAGCCCACACUGUCUUGUUUAAGUUUGUACCUGAGACAAGUGAUGAGCUAGCUGUGGUACCCGGCAACGUAGUAUUUGUGCUCCAGAAAGGGGCUGAUAACUGGGCCUCGGUCAUUUUCAAUGAGAGACGGGGACUAGUUCCCUACAAUUACCUGGAGCGUCUUGAAAUGAACUUAUCACCUAAACAAGCCCCGAAUGGUAUUGAUGAUCAAAUCCCAGGACCUCCCAGAAGGGAACCACCAAGCAGACCUAAGAGAGAACCUGCUUCUUGGGCUCCAGAGAAUCAGACUAUAGAUCACCCAGACUCUGAGGUUGGUGUGUCCCAGGAAGAUGACGAGUGCACAGUGAAAGUGCACUUCACGUACACAUUCACAAUCAGCGUGGAACGAGGCGCGUCAUACACCUCACUUGUUGAAAAAAUUGCAAGCAAACUGCAACUUCCUGUAACAUCCAUAACCCUGAGCUAUUCCCUUAUGAGAAAAAAAAGGGCAAUUAGUCAGGACACACAGAUGGAAGAUGUUUGGAGUCAAGUCAAGGAUGGUCAUCUCACCCUAUGGUGUACCCUCCAGGAGGACAUGAGUGAACAUACAUUGCUGGCAGCUGUUCAUUCUUUUGAAUCUUCAAACCCUGAAGAUCUUACUUUCUAUAAAGGGGACACCAUCAUACUUCUUGGUAAAGUCAACGAAGACUGGUUUGAAGGGCAAUGCAAAGGCAAGAUAGGCAUAUUUCCAUCAGCCUUUGUGAAAGAAGCACCUCUGAAAUCAAGUCAAGGGGAGUAAUCAGCUGAACCAUGGAGCCUUCGUCACUGGUGUCUUUCCCAGUUUCUGCUCCAAGCCCUGCCAGCUACGACCCACCAGGAAUGAGGCUGAAAUUGACACAGGCACCAUCAAAUGCAUUUUAAUGUUGGGUCAUUUCACCAUUUUGAAUUAUUUGAGGAACUCCUACUUUUUUUUCAGGUUACAAUAACACAUUUAAUUGCAUAUGGACUAGUAAUUUUUGCUAUGAGCCCAACUAGUUUGUGAUCACCUAAAAGGAUUGACGUUUCUGACCAAUACUCUUUGGAUUGUUCUCAUGCCUAAAAAGGUGGCAUGCUAACCGGAUUCUCUUACAUAUAUGAGUUGAUAUAUUCUUUUUUUCCCCCUGCAGCAUUUCUUAAAUAUUUUUAUUUCUGUUAAUUCUGUUGUGUGUUAAUGCUAUUAUGUCAGCUUUAGUUUGCUUUGCUAAUGUCAUUAUGUUCUGUACCUUAGGGAUGUAUCUGCAACACUCACAGUAAUUGAAAAAACAAGAUGAAUGCUUAAAAUAUUCAGUGCCUUGUUUGGAGUCAUUUGUGUGUCCAGAGACUGUACUGAGAAUGGUUUGUGACGUACCAGCUGUGGUAGUGUUUGCCAUAGUAAGCGUCUGGUUCCUCAGCAUGACAG